CGGUGCGAUCGUCGUUGUGAUGUCAGUAAAUUUAGGUGCCCCCUCAGGAUGCCUGACUAGUCGCGCUCACCAAUGAACGUCUACAGUGUGAAUGUCCUUCAUUUCUCUGUCUGGCUAUUGAACUUGCCAUCGCGGAUCUAAAUUGGGAUUAAAAUAAGAGAGAGAAGAGUAACACAGAUCUAGUUUGUCGCUGCAGCCUCACGAGCUCCUAAAUCGCGUGACAUUCUGGAGCGUGUAAAACAACUUUGACUGCGCGCGACAUGGAGUGCCGAGUGCUGUCGAUUCAGAGUCAUGUCGUGAGAGGAUACGUUGGAAAUAAAUCGGCGUCCUUUCCCUUACAGGUCUUGGGGUUUGAAGUGGACUCGAUCAACUCUGUUCAGUUUUCUAACCACACAGGUUACUCUCACUGGAAGGGGCAGGUGCUGACAGCGGACGAGCUUCACGUCUUGUAUGAAGGGAUCAAACUGAAUAACGUCAACCACUAUGACUACGUACUCACAGGUUACACAAGAGAUACAUCAUUCCUGGAGAUGGUGGUUGAUAUCGUACAGGAGCUGAAGAGAGCCAAUCCUAAUCUUGUAUAUGUUUGUGAUCCUGUCCUGGGUGACCAUGGUUCAAUGUAUGUUCCAGAAAAUCUGCAUCCAGUCUACAAGAAUAAAGUGGUACCGGUGGCCGAUAUCAUCACACCGAACCAGUUUGAAGCCGAGCUGUUGACAGGGAAGAAUAUUAGCACAGAGAAAGAUGCUGUUGAGGUGAUGGAUCUGCUUCAUAAGAUGGGUCCAGACACCGUGGUCAUCACCAGCUCAGAUCUGCCUCCUCGUCAAGGAGACCGAUUUCUGGUUUCUUUUGGCAGUCAACGCAUUUUGAUGCCAGAUGGCACGAGGAAGACCCAGCGGGUCCGAAUAGAGGUGCCAAAAGUAGACGCGGUGUUUGUGGGCACCGGUGAUCUAUUUGCUGCUAUGCUCCUUGCCUGGACCCACCAUUACCCAACGGACCUGAAGAUGGCAUGUGAAAAGACUUUCUCGGUUAUGUACCAUGUCAUUAAGAGGACUAUCUCAUAUGCUUUCGAGAUGGCAGGCCCCGGUAGAAGACCCAGCCCGGCCCAGCUGGAGUUGCGCAUGGUCCAGAGCAAAGCCGACAUAGAAGAUCCAGCCAUAGUCAUGGAGGCAACUGUACUAUAGAGUCGCCAAACAACUCCAACAUCUCAUCCACAUCAUCAUCAUGUAAUGUGACAUUGCCUUAGAAUCUCAGACAGAUCCAUUUCGAGAGAUUCAGCAGGGUACAGCCAAUCAAACGCAAGGGAGGUGGGGCAAAUCGUGUUUUUCAUCCCCUCUCUCUCUCUCUCUUCCUGUUUUUCUCUCAAAGCUCCUUGAAGAACUCCGGUUCGUCCUGCACAUUAAGCCCAGAUUCCUGACCAGGUCAGUUAUGUACCUAAACUGCCAGUGAUCUAAUGAGGACCAAUUUCACAAAUUAAGUGAUGUCAGUGUGGGUUUGGCACUGCUGUGGUGUUAUACGGGGAGGGGGGAGUCAAGACCAAUAAAUUUGUAUCUUAAGGAAAGUCUGAGUCUUAAUAGGCUUUAUGCCCAGCUG